AUGUCCCCCCGCUGUCCCCAGGCCAAGGUGGAGGUGGCGGUGGCACAGGAGCUGCAGCUCAGCGAGGACACGUGGCCCGAGGAUGUCACCAGCCAGGACAUGGAGGACGGGCUGGCCACGCGCGUCACCGGGCUGCUCCGGGCACACGUGGACCGAGCCCCCCAGGUGACCCCCGAGUUCGGGCGGGAGAUGGCGCACAGCCUGCUGGGAGUGCUGGUGGCAUUCCUGCACAGUUUCCAGCGGAAGGUCGAGCGUUUCCUGGAAGCCCCGGGCGAGUUCCCCUCCCCCCCCGAGGGCGCCCCCGGCCGCGCCAUCGCCUUGGCCAACUGCUGCCCCCCGUUCAGAGCCUUCGCCGAGCGCCUGGCGCAGUUCGGGCACCCCGAGAGCGAGGAGCCGCGGCGCCAGGCUCACGCCGCGCUGGACAGGGUCACCCGCGUCUGCGGCCACGUCCUCACCCGGCGACUCUUCGAGGAGCUCAAGGUGUCCCCAAGGGCGGGGUGGGGACNUAACCCGUGA